AUGUUGCAGCUAGAUGUUGUGUCUCCUCUCAGCAGCAGUCAGAACUAUGAUGUGGACGGUGGACGGGACCUUGACAUUUUUGACAUCAACGAAGAGGCAGGGUUGAAUCUUGUAGAGGGGGACAUUGUGCUUGAUGAGAGGCAAACUCGAAAUUCCAUCAUAGGGGAUGAGUACCGGUGGCCAAAGACCAUCCCAUACUACAUGGAGGAUGAUUUAGAGAUCAAUGCCAAAGGUGUGAUUCUGAAGGCCUUCGAGCAGUACCGGCUCAAGACCUGCAUUGACUUCAAACCUUGGGGCGGAGAAGCAAACUACAUUUCUAUCUUUAAAGGGGGCGGCUGUUUCUCUUCUGUGGGAAACCGGCGAGUCGGGAAGCAGAGAUUGUCAAUAGGGAGAAACUGUGAUCGCAUCGCCACCAUUGAACACGAGUUCCUUCAUGCUCUGGGAUUCUGGCAUGAACAGUCCAGGGCAGACCGCGAUGAUUACGUUAAUAUCAUGUGGGACCGCAUCUCAGAGGGUAGAGAACACAACUUCAACACCUACAACGACACCACCUCCAGUUCUUUGGGCGUGCCCUACGACUACGGCUCCAUGAUGCACUACAGUAAAAACGCCUUCCGCAACGGCACUGAGCCCACCAUCGUCACCAAGAUCCCUGCGUUCAGCGAUGUCAUCGGCCAGCGUAUGGAGUUUAGUGACAGUGACCUGCUCAAGCUGCACCGCCUCUAUAACUGCACCCAGGGCGCCACGUUCCUGGACUCGUGUGACUUUGAACGAGAGAACAUCUGCGGUAUGAUCCAGGGACAAGGGGGUAAUGCAGACUGGGUCAGGGUCGCCAAAGCUGACGGAGGGCCCGAUACUGACUACUCCAACAUGGGCAAAUGCACCGGCUCGGGGUAUUUCAUGCACUUCAACACCGGCACAGCCAACAUUGGGGAUACGGCUCUGCUGGAGAGCAGGCUCCUUUACCCCAAAAGAGGAUACCAGUGUUUGCAGUUCUUCUACUACAAUAGCGCCAGCGCCAGCCCCAGUGACCCACUGGAGAUCUAUGUCAGAGAAUAUGACAAAGCUAACCCCAACGGAAAACUGCGCAUUAUAUUUGGCAUAGCAGGAUUCCUGGAGCAGUGGAAUCUAUUCCACGUGAAACUAGACGUCAAAACUAAAUUCCGCGUCGUCUUUAAAGGGACUAAGCGGGGUGCUGGGCCCUCGCCAGGGGGGAUGUCACUGGAUGACAUCAACCUUUCUGAGACCAUCUGCCCAGAGUUUAGCUGGCGAGUGAAAAACUUCAGUCAAGUUAUGGAAAACACCCCAACAAACACAUCUAUCUUCAGCCCCCCAUUCAAAUCUAAGGAGGGUUACACCUUCCAAAUGGAGCUGUACCCCAACGGUAAGGCAGGCUACCCUGGAGAGUUGUCGGCCUAUGCUCACCUGGUAGCCCGUCAAGGGGACACAGGACAGGUAUGGCCAUGCCCCUGGAAACAGAUAACCAUGAUGCUGAUGGACCAGCACCCACACAUCCAAAAGCGCAUGUCCAACCAGCGCAGUGUCACCACUGACCCCAACAUGAAGGCAACAGGCUCUGACAGUUUUUUCUGGGACGACCCUCGCAAGGUGGGCGUUGAGGUCACACAUUCGGAUGGGUCCAGCUAUUUCCGAGGGCCAGGCGCCGGUACUCCGGUGUACCUCACCCACCUCAGAGCCAAGAGCAGGGAUUUUAUAAAAGGAGGGGACGCCAUCUUUCUCCUCACCAUGGAGGAUGUUUCUCAUCUGACAGUGACCCAGCCUGUGCCUUCCACAACCCAGCCACCUAGUCCCAGCACCACCACCAACACCACCACCACCAUCACACCCCCUGAUGUCUGCCUCAAUGUGCAAUGUCUGAACGAAGGAGUCUGCGUGGUGGAUGAGGGGAAGCCUGCGUGCAGAUGUGUGGUGGGUGAUGACUGGUGGUACUACGGGGACAGCUGUCAGUACAAAGGCUCCGUCCAGGACAAAACCACCCUUGCACUUGCCUCUUCUCUGUCUGUACUGGGAGCAAUGCUGGUGAUUACAGCAGUCAGUGUCAUCUGUGUGAAGAAGAAGUAUAAGAAACGCAGUGUCGCCAACAGUGUUGUCAUGGAGAACAUGAGUGCCACUCAGAAACCGUAGUGGGAGACCAUGAACUCUCCAAUGACAACAAACAAUAAAAAAAAAAGCAAACUUUAAGUAAAAUUAAUUGUUUUUUUUCCAGUUCAGUGUUUAGGAUGAAUAUUUUGUCGAGCAGGUUUUGAAUUUAUAGCUUUAAGGCUUUUAACUCAAAGGUAAAGCAAUCACAUACUGUAAAUCAUUCCAUUAUACGAGAUGGCCCCCUUCUGGUCAUUCAAUGUAAA